AUGAAGUGCGACGGUUACCUUCCUCCAAAGCCCAGAGCUUUCAAAGGGACUAGGAAAAAGAAGGAACCCAAAACUCAGGCUGUUACGGUCGUCAAUCCACCGAUACAACAUUUCGAUCAGACACCACUGUUGGCAGAUCCCGAGAGACUACAUCUCCAGCACUUCCUUCACUGGACAGCCAAACAACUCUCAACUUCAUCCGCCGCCACCAACUUUUGGCUGUGCUAUGCACUUCCUAUGUCAUAUCAGUUCGAUGCUAUCAGGUACAGCAUGAUUGCUGUGGGUGCUUCGCAUCGGGCAUUCAUGUCUCACUCUCUCGGCUUUGGGCGUCCUGAGUACCUGCAACGCCCUGUCAUACAACACUACAACAGAGCUAUAUCAUCCAUCCUACCCAUGAUGUCGUCUCCUACACAGGGGAACAUGCACUGUAUCUUAAUCUGCUGCAUGCUCUUUAUUACCUGCGAGGGGCUCACUGGUCGCUACGACGAACUCCUAAAGCAUCUUGCGGCAGGUGACAUGAUGCUAAGAUCACUUCAAGAUCCUACUACACCAGAGGAGUCUACUAUGACGAACAAGCUUGUCUCCAUUUUCUCACAACUAUGUCUUGAAUCAUCCGGCUUUAUGAAAGACCCUAAUCUGUCUGGCAUCCAGAAGUGGUGUUCUAAAGAUGUAAAGCAUAGCGCCAAUGAUACCCAGCCCUUUGACUCUCUCGACGAUGCUUCACACGCAAUACAUAAGUUGCGACUACUUCACGAUUUUGCACCUCAGGAUCCCGACAGAGAAAAUGGCAGAAAAAACGACAAAGCCUUCCAAGACGCACUGAACAGAUGGGACAUGCGUUUCCGAGAUAUGGCCGAACGCGAUAUCUUUCAUUGGACAGACGAGGAAAUGUCGCAAUAUUACAGUCUUCAACUUCUCCAGCGUUAUUUCCAGAUGUACAUUGAUUCGUACGCGGAUCAAGAAUGGGAAAAUCCAACGGAUCAAACUAUUUUGCCUUUUCUAGAAACUGCGGAAUUGGUAGCGGCGCCCUUAAUAGGUAUGAGCCAGCCUACGUAUUCCUUGGGUGGAUGUCUUGUGCCGGGUCUUUCAUUCGCGGCAUUUCACACACAAGAUGACGCAUUGAGGGGUCAAAUUUUGGAUCUGCUUCGGAGAAUGAAUCAUCGACAAGGUAUCUAUGAUAGUAACGACGUGGCUGAGAUGCAUAAGCUGGCGGCAAUGGACAUGGGUGAUUUGGGGUCCUGUUGUUCUGACUCUGAUGGCGAGUCUGUCUAUGAGGAACUUGAUCCGCCUCUGACGUCGCCUAUUGGAAUACCAUCCAUGAUUGAGGGUCUAGCUCGCAAGGCUGGCGUCACAAGCAAGCGAUUAGAAUGCUUUUCAUAG